AUGCCACGAACAAUACCCAACCGGCGACAUGUAGGAAGAGUUUCCAGCAUGCCAGAAAGUGUGGUUUCGAAAAGUGUCGGUCGCAGAAAAGGAGGACGAUCCCCAGUUCGAUCAACUACCCCUCGCCCUACAACUGUGUCAACUACGCCGCAGUCGUCACCCUCUACUUCACAGCGGCGUCGGGUUCCAUCACUAGACAUACAAGAUGAAGAAGAAUGUUCUCAAAGGUCUAGCAAGCGAUCCACCCGAAGCAAAUCCAAAAACGAAGGAAAAAAUCGGUCCCAUUCUUUAAACAACAGUGCCAAUCACCUAAACCACUCAUCUAAAUCUCCAACUCCUCGAAAGCAGCGGGUCCGCAGUAGCACUCAAGGAACGCCCGAUGAAAUGCUGAAUGCAUCUGCCAGCUCUCUCAAGGUUCCAAAGAGCUUUCGGGAAAAGGACUCAAAGGACUCAUCAAAACGAUCGACUAGAAGUGGCAAAACCCGCAGCGGAAAGAAAAAUUCUACGGAGAAAAUUUCUACGAGAGCACUCUCUCCUGGGCCUACGGCUAUAGUGGCACCCGCAAAAGUACCGCAUUCGGUCUCUGGUCGCCGCCGGAGAUCCAUAGGGAGCAGUACUCUCAACAACGAUGGGGCCGCAACUCGAUCACCCGGUGCUCUAGUAGUAGGUCGUCCAAUGGUAACGAAUCACAAGGCGGUGCGUACGGGCCCGAAAUCAAAUUUGGAAUACUCAAAUUCGUAUAAUUCUGGCAAAUCCAGUAGUGCGCAUGUCAGACAUACGCAAAGCCAUUCUACCUUGAUUUAUCACUCGGAGGAAUCAGAGGCUUCGGAUAUUGACUCAGAAACUGAAUCAGCGACUGGAGCCUUGCAGAGUAUGAGUGUGCAAGAUAUCGGAGCCUUUCGUGGCACCGAAACUGCACUAGAGAUUGAUUCCAAAUGGCAACAACACAUGAGUAGAACGGACAAUAUUCUAUUCUCCGUCUUUCCGCGUCAUAUUGCCGAGGCUCUUGUGGCUGGCCAAAAGAUCGAACCAGAGAAUCACGAACUUGUCACUAUUUUCUUCUCAGAUAUUGUGGGCUUUACUGACAUUUCUUCCACACUGGAUCCAUUGAAGAUCUCCGAUAUGCUUGAUCGGCUCUACCACUCAUUCGACGCCCUUUCUAGUUACCAUGACGUGUUCAAAGUAGAGACAAUUGGUGAUGCUUACAUGGCAGUUACCAACCUAGCCAAGAAACAGUCAGAUCACUGCAAACGAAUCGCUGAAUUUUCAAUUGAUGCGAUCCGGGUGGCGCAGAAAACACUUAUAGACAAAGACGAUCCGGCAAGAGGGUAUGUCAACAUCCGAGUUGGAUUUCAUUCUGGUCCUGUGGUUAGCAACGUUGUUGGCUCGAAGAAUCCAAGAUACUGCCUCUUUGGAGACACAGUGAAUACUGCUAGUCGGAUGGAAAGUAAUUCGGCAAAGAAUUUGAUACAUUGCAGUGACGCUUCUGCUCAGCUACUGGAAGAACAAGCUCCGGGGAUUCGAAUUUAUCCCCGAGGAGCAAUCAGCAUCAAGGGGAAGGGAUCUAUGAAUACCUUUUGGGUUCAUAAAGAAGGCGAAAAAGAGACAGUUUCUAGUGCCAAGUCAUUUUUCAAAGCGAUUCGUGGGAGGAUAUGA